AUGGAGAUCGAGCUCGCUUAUGGUGAAUCUCGCGGAUACUGGAAACAUUAUUCACCCGGGAAGUGGUUCAAACAAGCGAAAGCCGUUGGCAAGAUCAACAACGUAAAAGCUACUCUGUUAUUUGAUUCUGGUGCUGAAGUGUCGAUCAUUGACACCACCUUUGCUCGUGAGGUCGGUUGCAAUAUUGACGAAAGUCAACGACAAGAAUGUAUCGGGAUUGGAGAAACUCCGUACAUGACGGUAGGACGUACCAAGAUCAAGGUGACCCUCGCGGGAUCGCUGGUAUACUAUUUCAAUGUAUGGGUAGGCGAUCUGGCAGGGCAAGAAGCGAUUCUGGGUAUGGAUUUUAUGGUGCCUGCUGGAGUGCGGCUCGAUCUAGCGGAUGGCGCGCUAUGUCUACCAGAAGAAAUCCGCAUUCAUCUCGCAGGACGUCGCCCCGCGUACGGAUCGAAGAUACAACAUAUAACGGCGAAGGACCAACACGUGGUGAUCCCGUUCGGAGAGUCAAGGGAAGUGAAGAUCGGGAUCGGAGGGGCUAAGAUGAAGUUGUGGGUCGCUAGAGGACUAGAUUGGGUCCCCACUGUGAUCUCGGGGUGGGGUAAGACGAAAUACCUGCAGAUGACCAACAUUGGCGACCGGGAGAUCAUACUGCCCACCCACACUAUAUUAGGCAUGUGGGUCGAAGGCGAUAUGGUACCGCGAACCCAAGGUUUGGUGACAGUCGGGUCGGGGAAGUACAAGGAAUGGCAAACUCUGGCAUAUGAGGCUACAACGGAUCGAGUGAACGAACUCCCGAAAGAACCGAUCGGACCAUUGGUAGAUCGUCCUACGUAUGCCGCUCCCAAACGCAUCUUGAAACGUCCGUCUGAUGCGUUACAGAACCUGUCUCCGGCGAUCUCCACGGUAACGCCGCAAGCUAACGAUGACGAUUCGCAAAAAGGCAGAUGCUGUAGUUGCGAGGGAAGUAACGGUCAGGGAGCCGAACUAUCGCGGAUGGAGAACGGUCAUGAGAUCGGUACCCAACAUGCAACGAAGGGAGACCGCGACACCGGUCAAGAAGGGCUACGUGACAGAUCGUCUCUACCGAAGGCUGAGCCGACUGACCGACUGUUGAAAUUGGGCCAGCCGGAAGAGACGAAGGAGCCUAAAGAAGAAAUAAUGCUAAAUACUGAAGACGUCGAGAUUGCAGAAAUACCAGUUUAUCACCACGAGAGCGGAGAUUUGUUUGCGGAAGAUAUCGAGCAGCAUAUGGCCGUGCUACCAGAGAUGUCGGCGACUACGGAAGAAGUUACGAUUGAGGACAUUCAGAUCGGUGAUCCCGAUGUGCCUCUCACCACAGAUCAACAACGGCUCAGAUCGCUGAUCUGGAAGAGCCGUCACCUCCUCAUGGGUAAAGGUAAUGCUCUACCACCCGCAGCACGAGGCGCGAUCUGUGAUAUUGAUGUCGGUGGGGCAGCACCGAUAGCGCAAAGAGUGCGUCCGGUCGCACCCAAAUAUCGGGAGAAGCUGUCAGAUCUCAUCAAAGGACUAUUAGCAGCCAAAAUCGUUCAGCCAUCCACGUCACCUUGGGCGUCUCCGAUAGUGGUGAUCAUCAAGAAGAACGGAGUGGAUAUUCGCCUUUGCAUUGAUUAUCGAAGAGUUAACCAGCUGACGCGUCUGAUGGUUUAUCCCAUGCCGUUGAUCAGCGAUCUGUUGGAAGAUCUGGAUAAAGCUCUAUGGUACUGUUCGCUAGACAUGGCUAGUGGAUUUUGGGUCGUCGAAAUGACUGAACGAGCAAAACUGAUCUCAGCGUUUGUCACACCGUUUGGCUUGUUCGAGUGGCUGCGAAUGCCUUUUGGGCUUAAGAACGCGCCCCAGAUCUACCAACGUCUGGUGGACAAUGCGUUGUAUGGAUAUCUCAAGAUCGGCCAGAGAUCAGCUUCUGAUGGCCCGAUCGACGUGUUCAAAGAUGGAGAACCUGAGACAGAUCGACGACCGUCUAUACUGGGACGCCGAUCUUACAUUGACGAUAUUCUCAUACCAGCCACGUCAUGGGGAUCUUUGUACACAAAAGUAGAACGGUUGCUGGAGGCAUGUGAUAAGUGGAAUCUGUCUAUCAGCCUCACGAAGAGCUUUUGGGGGUGCCGUAAGGUCGAUUAUUUGGGACAUCGAGUGUCGAUGGAUGGUCUGGAGGCUCAGCCCAAGAACCUAGAGUCGUUGGUUAACAUCCCGUUUCCUAGCACGCUACGAGCUAUGCAAUCCUUUCUCGGGAGCUUGAACUACUACCGUCGCUUCAUUGAGGAUUUCGCGGUGUAUGCCGCGGUGUUGUAUGAGUUAAGAGAAUCGGAUUUCUUCGAGAUCGGCCGAUCUCAGCUUGCAGCAGGAGACGAAUGCUCCAACGAGGGUCGAUGGACGGAAGCCAAGGUUGCUUUCACUAUGCUAAAAGCUAAGAUAGCUACAGCUCCCAUGCUCAAGCAUUUCGACUCAGAUCGGUCCCCCGUAAUCGUGGUCUACGCUAGCAAGUGGGCUGUCUCAGCGGCCCUGAUACAGGAGUACGAUGGCGUGUACCAUCAGGUGACGUUUACUAGCCGCACUUUAAAGCAUAAUGAGCUUAACUACGGAACGGUAGAAAAAGAAGUGCUGGCGCUACUUCGUGUGUUGGAUGUAUGCUAUACUACGCUUGCCUCGCGGGAGAUCACUGUACUGACCCGACAUUCUACGUUAGCCUGGUUGAUGCAGUCUCGAGGGCUCAACGGGAGAUUAGGACGGUGGGCUGCUUUGUUGUCAAAUUGGACUAUGGAGGUGAAGAAAUGUGAAAUAGGAGAGGAAGAGAUCCUGGGCAUGUUAGCAGCGAGUAUCACUCCGAGAGGAGAAGUGGAAGAGAUGCUGAUUGCGAUCUCCCCACGAAAAGACUGUCGACUCAAAAUAUCGAUGUCUCCUCCAACGGUGGAAACAGAUGAGGAGUUGCUGGUGGCCAGUUUCGAUGGAUCGGCUAGGAUAAAAAAGAAAGGAGGGUCGUUCAGUGCCGUGAUAUGGAAGUUACCCGAAUGGACGAUCGUGGCGGCCGAAUCGAGAUAUGUUCACGAUCUGACUGUGAAUGAAGCUGAUCUGGUGAUUCGACAGAUGCGCGGUGAGAUCGACUGCAAGGCACCGGGCCUUCAGCUUCUGAGACACAAAGCGUUGGAGAAGCUGCAGUCAUGGCCUAGUCACGAGUUUCUGCAUAUGAAGCGAGAGUGGAAUCAGAGCGCAGAUCGACUAGCCAGCACAGCAUUGCAGAGCGAAAAGGGAAGAACGGUUGUAGCUGAAGAGGAUUGGCGAGAUCUGAUGACUCUGAACCGUCUUGAUGAAUUGUUGAAGCCCAAGCAAGAUGAUCAGCUAGAUCGGGUAACUGCGAUCGCGAGAUCAGCCAGGAGGAUACGUCAUGAACCUGAAGUGAUACAGGAGGAGAUAGUACAGAGGAUCAGGAUUCAACGAAUUGUCCAAGCUCAAGAUGAAGAGCGUUGGAUUGUCAAUCUCAAGACAUAUCUAAGUGGCGAUGUAUUAAACUUGGAUGCAGUAGAAGUGAAGAUGUGCGCCAAACUGGCGCCGGAAUACGAGAUCGAUGAGAACAGUCUGCUAUUUUUUUGCCCCAUGGCGAAAAGAGAGUCGAAAGAUCGCGAUGGUUUGAUGCGGUUGGUGAUCCCGGAGACGUUGCAGCAGGAUUUAUUGCAUCACUAUCACACGAGUCUGGAAGGAGGCCAUCAGGGUAUUGGCCGAACCUAUCAGAGGAUCAGAUCGCGAUUUCAUUGGAGAGGACUGUAUCGGAGCGUUCAACGAUAUGUGGGCGAAUGUACCGACUGUGAGACCGGGAAAGGAAACCCGAUGAUUAAUGGGAAAUCCCCGGGCAAUCUACACGCAACCUAUCCAUUCCAGAUCAUCGCCAUGGAUCAUAUACCGUCAUUGCCCAAGUCCAUCAAGGGGAACACCGAACUGCUCAUUUGGGUCGACCUUUUCUCGGGAUAUGUGAUGGCAACGGCUAGCUCCUCUCGGACGGCACAAACAAUAGCGGAGAAUUACGAAGAAUGUGUGUUUCGACGCUUCGGAGCUAGCGAGGCUAUCAGGCACGAUAGAGAACCGGGAUUUAUGUCCGACUUCUUUCGAGCCUUCAGUCGGAUCGUAGGACAAAAACAGCGUGCUACUAUGGCUUACAGGCCACAAGCAAAUGGAACAGCCGAACGAAUGGUGCAAACCCUGACACAUUCACUCAAGAUGUACGUGGCUGAAGUUGACCAGCGAGACUGGGAUGAGUAUGCUGAGCGGCUCACAUUUUCCAUUAACACUGCACAAGAUCGGAUCCGGGGGGAUACCCCGUUUUAUCUGAUUCAUGGGUGGGACCCGCGAUCGACUUUGGAGGCUACGCUACCAGUGGGGAAUACGGGGACACGAGAUCGCGAUCCAAGAGGUGGAGAUACAAAAUCCCAAGACAAUACCAGUGAGCCCGAUCUGCAGUGA